CACGACUUUCACGACUUUCGACGACGACGACAAUACUGACCCACCCCCAGCACAGCCUUUAAGUUCAACCCCGUCGAACAAUACAACAUGGCUGAUUCCGGCGCACGCGGAGGAUUUGGAUCUCGAGGUGAUCGUGGCGGUGACCGUGGUCGUGGACGUGGCCGUGGCCGUGGCCGCCGCGGUGGAAAGAGCGAGGAGAAGGAAUGGCAGCCCGUCACCAAGCUCGGCCGUCUCGUAAAGGCUGGCAAGAUAAAGAGCAUGGAGGAGAUCUACCUCCACUCUCUCCCCAUCAAGGAGUACCAGAUCGUCGACUUCUUCCUCCCCAAGCUCAAGGACGAGGUCAUGAAGAUCAAGCCCGUCCAGAAGCAGACCCGUGCCGGACAGCGAACCCGCUUCAAGGCCAUCGUCGUCAUCGGUGACUCCGAGGGCCACGUCGGUCUCGGCAUCAAGACCUCCAAGGAAGUCGCUACCGCCAUCCGCGCCGCCAUCAUCAUCGCCAAGCUCAGCGUCGUGCCCAUCCGAAGAGGCUACUGGGGCACCAACCUCGGAGAGCCUCACUCCCUCCCCACCAAGGAGAGCGGAAAGUGCGGUUCCGUCACCGUCCGCCUCAUCCCCGCGCCCCGCGGUACUGGCCUCGUCGCCUCCCCCGCCGUCAAGCGUCUCCUCCAGCUCGCUGGUGUGUCCGACGCAUACACCGCCUCCGCGGGCUCCACCAAGACCCUCGAGAACACCCUCAAGGCCACCUUCGUCGCCGUCGCCAACACCUACGGCUUCCUCACCCCCAACCUGUGGAAGGAGACCAAGCUCUCCAAGUCUCCUCUGGAGGAGUACAGCGACGUCCUCCGCGAGGGUAAGAGGUAUUAGGAGGUUUUUGUUCUUCUUUCUGAGGCAAGGUAGAAGAGGAGAAAUGGGUCUUUAUAAACUAGCAUAUCCGGGUUCCUUCAACGGCGUGGAGUAGUGCAUUUUUGGGACCGCCUUCCAUGUGUGUGUGUGUGUGUGUGUGUGCGUGCGAAUGCAAAACAAAAAAUGUCAGACACAAACUUCUUCAUGAACGAUUUCAUUAAAACUUUUCCAAAACAAAA